GCGAUGCUGGGCGGCCUGUCGCGCCUGCGGAGCGGCGGCGGGCGGCUGUGGCGGCGGGCGGCGGCCAUGGCCGGCGGCGGCAUGGGACAGCGCAUGGUCUGGGUGGACCUGGAGAUGACGGGCCUGGACGUGGAGAAGGAUCAGAUCCUGGAGAUGGCCUGUCUCAUCACCGACUCCGACCUCAACGUCCUGGCCGAGGGCCCCAACCUGAUCAUUAACCAGCCCGACGAGCUGCUGGAGGGCAUGUCGGAGUGGUGCAAGGAGCACCACGGGAAGUCUGGCCUCACCAAGGCUGUGAAGGAGAGCAAAAUCUCCUUGCAACAAGCAGAGUACGAGUUCCUGUCCUUUGUACGGCAGCAGACGCCCCCAGGCCUCUGUCCUCUGGCAGGUAACUCUGUGCAUGCAGAUAAGAAAUUCCUCGACAAGUACAUGCCUCAGUUCAUGAGGCACCUUCAUUACCGGAUCAUCGACGUCAGCACCGUCAAAGAGCUCUGCAGACGCUGGUAUCCAGAGGAAUACGAGUUUGCACCAAAGAAGGCGGCUUCUCACAGAGCACUGGAUGACAUCAGGGAAAGCAUCAAAGAACUCCAGUUCUACAGAGACAGCAUCUUCAAGAGGAAAACGGAUGAAAAGAAAAGGAAACUGAUGGAGAAUGGGGAGAGCGAUAAAGCCGCCAGCUGAUUCCUGGCCGGACCGUGCUGUCCCGUGGCACAGCCAGGAUGUGCCUCCCUGUUCUCUGCUGUUUGCCAGUCUCUCCAGAAGCUGCACCCUCCCGUUACCUUCCUUCUCCAAGCUGUUAGAAUGCAGAUGGAAGCCCGAGUUGCUGCUGCUUUUCUGUUAGAGCCAGGAGGCGCUGUGCCCGAGCCUUGGCAGCGCCCUUCUUCCCACGUAGUCGGGCAAACAUGCUCUUUGAUACUCCUCUUCCUCCAGUUUCAAGGUGCAAUCUUUCACCACACAAUAAAACCAGUUCUGUUGGAA